UUAUAUACUAUAAAUACAAGUAUUGUUCAUGUGCUUAUUUAGUCUCUUAAGUCGCUUCUUGUCGUAACGCUGCCUGUAAACGCUCGUAUUGAAUAAAAAUCGUUUUUAGAAAUACAAGUUUUGCGGACAGAAAUAAAAUUGGCGCAGUCGGUACGAUCCUUUUCGGAGUGUUUUCGAAAAUUUACUCGAGAUUGGUGCGCUAGAUUACCGUUUUUGGAUUGUCAGUGCAUUGUACUUCUCGAAAGUUUCUUCGCGAUUAGUGUGCUGAAACGCCAGUUUGGAUCAUCAGUGCAUCGCGAAAGGGAUCGUGACACACUUCUGUUUCAACAGUUAAGAAAAGGAUUUCAAAACAUCAUCGUUACACGGAGCACUUGGGGCUCUUGGCAACAUCGACCAUUGGUACGCCAUUUCGAUAGCCAGUAGGACGAACUAGCCUGAGCCAGCAUCCACUACAAACGGCACCGUUCUUGGGAAAGAGCAGCUUCUCAACUGGACGUGACCAUUUGAUACAGGAACGAGACUAGGAACAUAUAAUUGGUUUCCAAGAAGCUGUAGACCAUUUCCCAAAAUGGGUAUCCAUCCUUCAGGGACAGUUCCCGAUGAAACUGUGGGAUCCUGGGUUAGAAAAUGAGAAAACGAACUGACAAAUUAUCCCAGAGAUAUAUAAAUCCGAUUUAAAAGGACAAGCAAUAUGAAAGUACUCCCUCAAUGUACAACCACAAAGAAAACUGGGACUAGUGCAAUGAUUUCCGUCUAAAACAGCGUAUUUAAUGAAGAAACAAAAGAGGAAAGAAGCGUAAGCACAGUAGCGAAGUUAAUGCCCCAAGAUGAAUACGUUCAGAAAAUGUUCAACAGUAGGAUUUCUUUCCGCAACGAAAUAAGGUUUUACACUACAAUUGCACCAUUAUUCGAUAAGUAUCUAAAGGAUAAAGGCGUGUUGGAAGGCUUGGAUUUUAUUCCACAAGACUUUGGUAGCCGCUUAAGUUUGGAUCCGGAACUUGAUGAAACUGAUGACGAUGUGGUUCUACUGCUAGAGAAUAUUAAAGUGCUGGGUUACCAAACGGAAAACAAGUUGGUGGGUCUGGAUCUAACUAGCGCCAAAAUAAUUUUGGACGUUCUGGCCAAAUUUCACGCCACCGGCUUAGGUCUCAAAAUUGAAAAACCUAAAGAAUUCAAAGAGAACGUUUUGCAGUACGUUUGGGAUUACGAAGAAGACGACGAAUAUUUGAAAGUCAUUAAAAGGGAACUGCGAACCAUUUUACGUGAAACGAAAUUUUCAGAAGAGGUUAUUAACAGAGCCGUUUCAACUAUAGACAGAAAAGCGAACUUCAAAUCUAGAGAACCGUGGUCAACGCUUAUCCAUUAUGAUUGCUGGAUCAACAACACAAUGUUGAAAUUCAAAAAUGGUAAAGCGGAUCGCGCUAUGUUGGUAGAUUUUCAACUGAUAAGCUACAAGUCACCGGCCAGGGACGUACUCUUCUUCAUAUUCACGAGCCUUCAAAAUGACGUUUUGGAACAGAACUUAGACGCCCUGUUGGAAUUUUACUAUGAACAGUUUAGCGAUCGUCUAAAACGACUGAAUAUAGACACCAGCAGGUUUUCAAAGGAAUCUUUUUAUGAAGAAUUGAAGAUAGCUGCGCGAGAAAACGAAUACUAUCAUAUUAUUUUUAUGUUGCCGCCAAUAUUAGAAGAAGAAUUCAAAGAACUGACCGACUUUGAGAAAGAAGUGAACUGGACCAAAAAUCACCGAGAGAGAAUCGUUUUUGUGACUAAGGAAUUCGUUAAAAGAGGCUGGUUGUUGUAAUAGAAAAUUAUAUAAUUUUGUAUGAUUUUUGAAUUGGUUAAUAAAAAUUUUUCA